UUGCCUUUUACCUCUAGCUCAAUUUGCCCCUUUUCCUCACUACCAAGUCAUUUAUCCCACAUAUUUGACCGGUUUGAGAAGUUUACUCGUCAGUGUGAAUGUGAAAUUGCCCAAUUAUUAUCAUGGAAGUUCACCGGUUCACUGGCUGCUUCUCGUCGCGAUCGCCUUACAGCGCUUCGUCGCCGGAUGAGAGAAGAAUUUGGUGCCAGAGAUUUGGGGCUGUCCCAUGGAAUGACGUCGGACUACGAUACGCUAAGCGUUGCCAGUGAAGCUACCAGCUUGCACUCAUGGCAUCGUCGUGUCCUCGCUAGUUCACAUACGAUGGUACGUUUACACUUGCUCAACUCUGGCUCGAGGUACAGUGAAAUGAUUAACAUUACGGGAUCCCACCUUUUAGAAUUGAAGAGGUUCCAGAGCUAUUGUAAUUUAGCCCACCCAACGCUCAAGGCCCGUCCAUCGAGGCUGUUCAACAACAACAAACACAACAACAACAACAGCAAAGCCACGUUCAGAGGUCUAGCUCCUCCUUUCUUCACUUUUUUGUUAAAUCGAAUGGCAUCGAGCUCUUCCUUACAAGUAGUAUUGAGGGGGUCCUCCACCUCAAAUGAUUCGCUAUUGCUGCCAAGCGGUGAAACGGUCAAUGGAAGUCAUACAAAGACCAACUCACUUGAUAGAGGUCUCACUUUGGCGAAGUCUCUCAAGGCUGGCCCAUUCCCGCCCCCUUCUAACAAAUCAAACUCUUUGACACGCCAAGAAUUAGACGACGAUGGUGAAGAGUGUGCGCGUAACACAGCAGCUGAAGGCGUGAUCCUUCAAAUCACAACAAAGAUUAUUGGCGAUCAGCCCGUUCGGGUGAGCGUUUUUAUGGCGUCUGGGGCACUGGUAACAGACCUGUCUGGGAGGAUAAAAUCAAUGAGUUCCUCAUCGGCUGGCCGCUGCAAGUCAUUGUANCCCCCCCCCCCCCCCCCUUGUACUACUGAUGCCCCGCUUGCUCUUGCCUUCUUUCUUCUCAGUAUUCGAAGUCUUGAAAUUUCUUUGAGUUCAUCGAUUGAUCCAAUAACACGAGAUGUCGAGAGGAGGAUGAGUAUGAAACGAGAUUGUCCGUUGAGCUCGGAAACAAUGAGGGUCCAUUCCAGUGAUGAAGUUCGUUUGGAACGCUUCCCAUGCUCACGUUCGAGUUUCGAUCAUGCUAAAACGUGGGCACGCAGCUAUGGUAGCUAUGCCACUGGACUGUUUCGUGGAGCAUUUCAGCGAAUGAAGAGCGCCGCUCAUGGGUACCCACCAUUUCACAGCCUGUUUUUUAGCUUGUGUUGCAGUGGCGCAUCUGUUAAAGUAGACGAUACGUCUGACAGUGAAGGUGAACAAUCAGAAUCUGGUCUACAAUCAACGGGUCACAAUGGUUCUAUCGUUCGACCAAGGAAAGGCAAAAAGGGGCCUUUUGAUUUUGAGCAGCUGAGAGUGGUUCAGGAAUUGAACAAUGAACACACUGGUGCUGUAUGGUGCGUUCGUUUCUCUGUUUGCGGUCGUCUAAUGGCGACAGCUGGUCAAGAUAACAUCAUUCGAGUCUGGGCUGCCCGAAGUCAUCUCAAGUAUUUUAUACAAAUGAGAGAAAGUCAUCCUUAUUCACUUUUCACAUUUCAAUCAGCGAUUCAUGAUAUGGAAUCCUUCAGGCCUCCCAGCUCCAUUGGUAGCAAUACACAAAGUGAAAUUACUGGAGAAGAAGAGGAUUCCACGAAUUUAUUCUCAGCGAAGCCGUUCGUCGUCUUCAAGGGUCAUACAGCCGACAUAUUGGAUUUGUCGUGGUCCAAAAAUUAUUUCAUUCUUUCGUCUGGCAUGGAUCGAACGGUGAAGUUAUGGCAUUUGUCUCGUGGUGAAUGUCUCUGUUGUUUCCAACAUGUGGACUUUGUCACUUCCGUCGCAUUUCUUCCCAAGGACGACCGAUACUUUCUUUCUGGUUCUCUUGACGGCAAGCUAAGGAUGUGGCAUAUACCAGACAAAAAAGUUGCGGUGUGGAAUGAGGUCAAGUUUAUUACUGCCAUAACUUUUGUCAAAAACGGGAAGUUUGCUGUCGUUGGAACAUACAACGGGCGUUGUUUCUUUUACUCUACUGACCAACUCAAAUACCACACAGUUGUGGACGUUCGUUCGUCUCGUGGCAAAAAUGCAAGAGGACAUAAAGUCACGGGUUUGGCUGUUCAUGGGGAUAAACUACUGGUGACUUCUAACGACUCACGUAUUCGAAUGUACGAUGUUCGUGAUAAAGCGCUCACGUGUAAGUUCCGUGGAGCCCAGAAUGAACACUCCCAAAUUCGAGCUGCGUUUUCUCCCGAUGGACGUCAUAUUGUGUGUGGCUCUGAGGAUAAGUUUAUUUAUUUGUGGCGAACUUCUGAUUUGCCUUCGACUCUAUCUGUUCGUAAGGACCGUAAUGCGAUGUGGGAACGAGUGCGAGCCCAUAGCGCUCCCGUUUCUGUUGCAGUUUUUGCCCCAAAACCUCAGGUGUUCCUGUCAAUGAUGGCCAAACAAGAUGAAGAAAACCGUGAUAGCAACUCAUUUCCUGGGACGUGUCCGCAUAUAAUCACAGGACAUGUUAUUGUCAGUGCCGAUCUUCAGGGCAGCAUAAAAAUAAUGGUAAACCGGCCAAAACUCAAUAAAACAGGUCAGAGCCCUUCAGCUACACAAGAUUGA